AUGGCUGCCUGCUUAGAAAUAGCAACGAUUGCUGCAUUUCUUAUUAUAUUAUUUGCCCUUUACUUUGUACGUAUUUCUUCUUCUUCCUCUUCUUCUUCUUCUUCUUCCUCUUCUUCUUCUUCUCCUCCGUCUUCUUUUCUUCUUCUUCUUCUUCUUUUGCUUCUUCUUCCUCUUAUUCUUCUUCUCCUCCUCCUCUUCUUCUUCUUCUCUUCUUCUUCUUCUUCCUGUUCUUCCUGUUCUUCUUCUUCUUCUCCUCCUCCUUCUCCUCCUCCUCUUCUUCUUCUUUUUCCUCUUCUUCUUACUGUUCUUCUCCUCCUCCUUCUUUUAGUCUUUUCUUCUUCUUCCUUUUCUUCUCUUCCUACUCCUUUUUCUUCUUUUUCUCCUCCUCCUUCUUCUUCUUUUCUUCUUCUUCUUCUUUUUUCUAGGCUUUCUUUCUUCAUGUCCUCUAUCUUUUUUAUAAUCGUUCUUUGUCCUAUGGACUCUUCUUCUUCUUCUUCUUCUUCUUCUUGUGGCCCACCCACACUUUCGUCCUACAAAGAAACCCUGUUUACCAAAGUCACUCGCUAUAAUUUCCCACCCAAUCAUGAUCCGUUUAUUUUUUUUUUCCUUCUUAAUUCCCGCCAACUUCUCGAUCUUUCGAUUUAUCAAUCGGUGUCGGACCUUCCCUUUACUUUCAAUUUCUUCCCAAGUUUAUUUUUACUUUCAUUCACUUCAUUCUUCUUUCACUCUUCCAUUCAUUCAUAUAACACUGCUUUCUUCUAUCGGUCCAUCUCUCGUUAUAUCUAUCUAUCUAUCUAUCUAUCUAUCUAUCUGACUACGAAUUAUCUAUCAACUUGUGCUAUAUCUGUUUGUUUAUCUAUCUAUCUGAGCUUCUAUCUAUAUUUUCUAUUAUCUAUCACUCACUCUUUUUAUAUAUAUCUCAUUCUCUUCAUGCCAUUCUAUCUAUCUAUCUAUCUAUCUAUCUAUCUAUCUGUAUAUAUAUCUAUCUAUCUCAUUCUGUUCAUAUGUCUAUUUCAUUCUGCUAAUAUCUCUCUAUCUCAUUUUCUUCAUAUCUCUCUCUAUCUAUCUAUCUAUCUAUCUAUCUAUCUAUCUAUCAGUUAG